AUGGAUCACGAGGAAAAUUCAGCGGCUGAAAACGCCGAUCGACGGAGCGAUUUGGUCGACAAGAUGGUUGCCGCCGCGCACGACGAGGCCGGAGAGGUAGACGACACAGAGCAACCUAACGACCUCGCCGGCAUGACUGAAGAGGAUGCUCUCAAGAACCUGACCGGCACCGUCCGCGACCAGGACGAGCUGGAGCGCGACAUUACGCUCCAGGCCAACGCGGCUAUCAUGGAGCAAGAGGACAAAAAGGACCAGGCGCGCAUCCAAAAACUCGAGGCCUCGCGCCAGCGUCUGAAGCUGCAGCUCGACAAGGAGAAGAAGCGACUCGACCGCGCGACCACAAACCCCUAUCAGGCUGCCAACAUUCGCAAAGAGGUGGCCAAGAUUGAGCAAGAGAUCCUGCACAUUAGCAGUGACAUUUCGGAUUUUCAGACGCGCAUGAAGAAACGUCACGAGCAAGACCCCCUCGAAGUUCCGACCACUGCAAAGUCGGCCAGGUUACCGGGAGAGAGCCACCGCGACUACCUCAUCCGAACUGGCAAAAUUACACCCUUUGCACGUGUGGGAGGACCGAGGCCUGCUGGAGUCGAAGGUCGAUUAGCGGAUGCCAUUCUCGAUGCUGAAGAAGAAGCGGCUGCAGAGCAACUCGGCGGCCCGGACGAGGAGCCCGCGUCGCAUCAGCUGCUGCGACGGCCUGGCUUCGAAGACGAAGCACCAACGACGACAAGCACCACGCCAGCGGCCAGCAGCGCCGUUGAAUCUGAGUUCUCGCUUCGACCUCGCAAGCGGCAACGGCGUGAGAGAGCCCGUAGUCCUUCUCAAGACUAUGAGCCAGGAGUCUCGGCCGCCGAGGAAUCUGGAGACUCGACAGUCUGGCAGCAGGGAACAGAGGAAGAUUUGGUUCGAGAGGAACGACGCAAGAAUAAAGUGAAGGCUGCUGUCAAGGCGCAGGAGCAGAUUGACUUGACAAAGAUUGACGAUGGCAAUGAGAAGCUGUACCAGCGUCGUCUAAAAGACUGGAUAUCGCGACGCAGCCGCGCCCGGCGUUCAAGAAGACAGGCACAAGAGUCUACAGAGGCUGAGGCGGAGAGCGACGCAGAGGCAGAUGAAUCGACAAAGCCAUCACCUGACCACCCAGACUGGUCCAUCGACGAAACCCUCAAGCUCCCUGGAGAUAUUCAUCCAUCGUUGUUUGGCUAUCAAAAGACUGGCGUGCAAUGGCUCGCAGAGUUGUACAAGCAGCGCGUGGGUGGUAUCGUCGGUGACGAAAUGGGCCUAGGGAAAACUGUUCAGCUGAUUGCAUUUCUCGCUGCCCUGCACAGCAGCAAGAAGCUAAAGCGUCCAGUCAUUGUCGUUGCUCCCGCUACGCUUCUUCGACAAUGGGUCAGCGAGUUUCACCGAUGGUGGCCCCCUUUGCGUGUUUCGAUCCUGCAUUCGUCCGGCAGUGGCAUGCUAAACCCAACUGCCGAAGACGACUAUGAUUUGGACCACUUUCGCCCCGUGGCUGGCAAGUCUGUAAAGGCGGCACGGCGCAUCAUUCGCGCCGUUGUCGACAAGGGCCACGUGCUUGUCACUACUUACACUGGACUUCAGACGUAUGCCGAAGAACUACUAAGGGUUGAGUGGGAGUAUGCCGUCUUAGAUGAAGGCCACAAGAUUCGAAAUCCGAAUGCCGAAAUCACUGUCACCUGCAAGGAACUCAACACCCCGAAUCGUGUGAUUCUCUCUGGAACUCCGGUGCAGAACAAUUUGACCGAGCUCUGGUCACUGUUCGACUUUAUUUAUCCCAUGCGACUAGGCACUCUCGUCAACUUUAGGACUCAAUUUGAAAUUCCAAUCCGACAAGGAGGCUAUGCCAAUGCUUCGAAUCUUCAAGUCAUGACGGCUGAAAAGUGUGCAGAAGCGCUGAAAGAAACGAUUAGCGAGUACCUUUUGCAGCGCCUGAAGGUUGACGUUGCCGCAGACUUGCCAGAAAAGACGGAACAGGUUUUGUUUUGCAAGCUGACUGACGGCCAGCGCAAAGCAUACGAGACAUUUCUUGGUUCCGAUGAGGUCUCUGCCAUUCUGAAUCGAAGACGGCAGUCUCUCUACGGAAUUGAUAUUUUGCGGAAAAUCUGCAACCACCCUGACUUGCUGGACAAGAAGCUGUCUGAAAAGGCUGGCUAUGACUAUGGUAGCCCCAGGUUGUCGACAAAACUGCAACUUACCAAGGAUCUCCUACAAAACGUCAUGAUCCCCAAUGGACACAAGAUGCUACUUUUCUCUCAGGGCAAACUAAUGCUGAAUAUCAUUGAAAAAUGCAUGAGAGAUUGCGGCAUAUCGUAUCUGCGUAUGGAUGGAGAGACGCCGGUGGACCAGCGCCAGCCAAUGAUUGAUCGCUUCAACAACGACCCGGACGUGCACGUCUUCCUCAUGACUACACGCACCGGUGGUCUGGGAACCAACCUCACAGGUGCUGAUCGCAUAAUUAUAUUUGAUCCAGAUUGGAAUCCUUCAACCGACUUGCAGGCACGAGAAAGAGCUUGGCGACUCGGCCAGAACAAACCUGUCAAGAUAUACAGACUCAUGACGGAAGGUACAAUUGAAGAAAAGAUCUACCAUCGACAAAUCUUUAAGCAGUUCAUGACGAACAAAGUACUGAAAGAUCCAAAACAACGCAGCUCGUACGACUUGUCUGACUUGUACGAUCUUUUCACGUACAAUUCUGGCGGAAAUGCGGCUGCUCAACGAAGCGAAGUUUUCAGGGGUGCCGAGGUGGACAUAACAAAUGGUGAGGGUAGCACAAAGGAUGAUAAUACCGCUUUCGAUUACGAGCAACAAGAGUUGAAGCAAAUGGAUCUGGUCGCGGCCAUGGAAGAGUUCAAAGAAGAUAAGGCUGCGCAGGAUGAGCGCCGCAUGCUUGAUGGCAUCUUUGCUCGCUCUGUCAACAGCGCGUACGAUCACGAGCAGAUUGUCAACGGGCCUUCCAAAGCCAAGGCCGACAUUGCCGUUCUCCGACACGAGGCCAAUCAAGUAGCGAAGCAAGCCGCUGCGCAUCUCCGACGCGCUGGUCAGGAAGCCCGCAGUGUGCCAAUCGGGACAGUAACGUGGACGGGCGAAGUUGGCCAAGGCGGUCGACCUGGAGGCAAUCGUCGCCGCGCAGGGCCUAGCUCUGCCGGAAUUCUCAGCAACCUGGCUGAUCGACAGGGCCUUGACGACGGUGCUGGAAGCGGCAGCUCUCGCGGUGGCACACCCGGCGUCGACAAGAACCUCAAGGCAAAGGAUUUCAUGCUCAUGAUUAAGCAGUACAUUAAUCGGCACGGGGGCAAGGUGCCGAGCAAGAUGCUGGUUGACCAUUUUAAUCCAUUCUGUCCGGGAAAGAAACAGAGCGACGAGUUCAAGACGGCGCUCGACACGAUGGCGAUGCUGAGCAAAACAGGUGGUGCUGGCAGAGGCAUGUGGUCUUUGAAGCCCGAAUUCAAAUGA